GCCAAUAGGCCAUAGGCCUUUCACUGCUCCUCCUCCCAGAAGUUAAAAAAAUAAAAUACGGAGUAACAAAGACGACGGCUACAACAACGAAUACUGCAACAACAAGAUCCAAAGAGGAAAAUUAAACAACCAACGAAGCAAUAAACCGCUGUUCUACAACGCUAAGGAAAAAUCAGUUAAACCAAACACAAAAAACAUCACACUAGUCAAAUCAUAUUCACUCUCUUCACACAUCGUCGUCUUCCAUCGUCGUCAUCGAGGAGAGAAAAUGAUUGCAGACGGUGUUGAAGACGAAGAAAAAUGGCUUUCUGCCGCCAUUACCGGCCUUCAACAGAACGCCUUCUACAUGCAUCGAGCUCUGGAUUCGAAUAAUAUGAAAGAUGCGUUAAAGUAUUCUGCUCAGAUGCUAUCGGAGCUUCGCACUUCUAGACUUUCUCCUCAUAAAUACUACGCUCUUUAUAUGCGAGCGUUUGAUGAAUUGAGGAAAUUGGAGAUGUUCUUUCAUGAAGAAACGAAGCGAGGUUGUUCGAUUAUUGAACUUUAUGAGCUUGUACAGCAUGCUGGCAACAUCUUACCUCGAUUGUACCUUCUCUGUACGGUUGGAUGUGUAUAUAUAAAAUCAAAGGAAGCUCCUGCAAAAGAUAUUCUCAAGGAUUUAGUAGAAAUGUGUCGUGGAAUUCAACAUCCUUUGCGAGGACUCUUCUUGAGGAGUUAUCUUUCUCAAGUUAGUAGGGAUAAGUUACCUGAUAUUGGUUCUGAGUAUGAAGGGGAUGCUGAUAGUGUCAUGGAUGCAGUUGAGUUUGUGUUGCAAAAUUUUACUGAGAUGAAUAAACUUUGGGUGCGAAUGCAGUACCAGGGACCUGCGCGGGAGAAGGAUAGAAGGGAAAAGGAAAGAGGCGAGCUUCGAGAUCUUGUUGGGAAAAAUCUGCAUGUUCUAAGUCAGAUUGAGGGAGUUGAUCUGGAGAUGUACAAGGAUACCGUUCUUCCUAGAGUCUUGGAACAGGUAGUCAACUGUAAGGAUGAGCUUGCACAGUACUAUUUGAUGGAUUGCAUAAUUCAAGUAUUUCCUGAUGAGUACCACUUGCAAACUCUAGAUACUUUGCUGGGUGCCUGCCCACAACUCCAGCCAUCAGUUGAUAUCAAGUCAGUUCUCUCCAGUUUGAUGGAAAGGCUUUCAAAUUAUGCUGCCUCAAGUCCAGAGGUAUUGCCGGAUUUCUUGCAAGUGGAUGCCUUCUCGAAAUUAAACAGUGCAAUUGGGAAGAUCAUAGAAGCACAAACUGAUAUGCCCGUUGUUGCUGUUGUGACUUUGUAUUCUUCUCUUCUUACCUUUACCCUGCAUGUCCAUCCUGACCGACUUGAUUACGCUGAUCAAGUAUUGGGAUCCUGCGUCAACAAACUCUCCAUUAUUGGGAAACUUACUGACAGCAAGGCAACAAAGCAAAUUGUAGCACUUCUGAGUGCUCCGCUGGAUAAAUAUAAUAGUGUUAUUACUGCCUUGAAGCUCUCUAAUUAUCCUCGGGUGAUGGAAUACCUUGACAAUGAAACAAAUAAAAUCAUGGCAAAGAUUAUUAUUCAAAGUAUUAUGAAAAACAAGACUUACAUAUCUACGGGUGAUAAGGUCGAAGCAUUGUUUGAGUUAAUAAAAGGGCUUAUCAAGGACACUGAUGGUGCUGUUGAUGAUGAGGAUGACGAAGAAGACUUCAAGGAGGAACAAAAUGCUGUAGCACGCCUUAUCCAAAUGCUGCACAACGAUGAUCCAGAAGAGAUGUUCAAGAUUAUAAAUAUAGUGCGGAAGCAUAUAUUGGCUGGUGGAGUGAAACGUCUAUCAUUUACUGUUCCACCCCUUGUUUUUUCCUCUCUUAAGUUAAUUAGAAGGCUUCAGAACCAAGAUGUGGAUAAAUCUGGAGAUGAAGUAGAGGGUACGCCGAAGAAAAUAUUUCAGCUUUUGAAUCAGCUUAUUGAGGCUCUUUCAAAUGUUCCAGCUCCUGAGCUCGCAUUGCGGUUGUACCUGCAAUGUGCUGAGGCUGCAAAUGACUCUGAUUUGGAACCUGUCGCCUGUGAAUUUUUCACUCAAGCAUAUAUAUUAUACGAGGAAGAAAUUUCGGGCUCCAGAGAACAGGUGACUGCACUAUACCUAAUAAUAGGUACUCUUCAAAGGAUGCAUAUCUUUGGUGUUGAGAACAGAGAUACUCUGACGCACAAAGCAACAGGGUACUCUGCAAAGCUUUUAAAGAAACCUGAUCAAUGUAGAGCUGUUUAUGCAUGCUCUCAUCUCUUUUGGGCGGAUGAUCAGGAUGGUGUUAGAGAUGGAGAGAGGGUUCUACUUUGCUUGAAGCGGGCUCUAAAAAUUGCAAAUGCUGCUCAACAGAUGGCUAAUGCUACACGGGGCAGUGGUGGAUCAGUUAUGCUGUUCAUUGAAAUCCUCAAUAAGUACCUCUAUUUUUUUGAGAAGGGAAACAACCAGAUCACUGUCAAUACAAUCCAGGAUCUAAUGGAAUUAAUUACCACGGAGAACCAAAGUGAUAAUGCUGCAACAGAUCCUGCUGCCGAGGCUUUCUUUGCAAGUACUUUGCGAUACAUCCAAUUCCAAAAGCAAAAAGGUGGCGCAGUUAGUGAGAAAUAUGAACCUGUCAAAGCUUGAACCUGUGAUUGCAUGUAAUUAGGCAUUUUCACGCAUCACAAGUUAAUUAAAUUGAGUAUUUUUGUAACCAGUUUAGUUAGGUCUCCCUGAUGGGAGACUUGUUUGCUUGACCUCGUCCUGAGGACAUGGUUUUAGGUCUCUUAUGCUAACUAUGAUCUCACUGCAUCUGAAGUUUUCUUUAAUUUGCGGGUGUCUGCAAGUUGCUUCAUUAUGCGGCAUUACUUGGUUGCACAGACUGGUAAAAUGGUGUAUAUUUUCCCCUUUCUAUCUUUACCACUUUUUGGAGGGAUUUUCCAUUUAUACUUAUA